UGCAAAGACGCGCAGCCAAAGCAGACAAGUUAGCAAAAGUAAAAACGAUGGAUAAGAAAGGUGAAACAGAAUACAGAAGUGGUGGAGAAUUUCUGAUGAGCGUGAACAACAAAAUGCACCAGAUGAUUGAAACCAAGAAAGAAAUUGAAAACGUUUCCCAGUACUGCUUGAGAGGAGACGAUUUCACAGAGAUCCCAGAAAAUCUUUUGAAGAUAAUUUUACAGAUUUAUCUUCCGGACGAUGAAACCAUUGCAAGAGAGCUGUGGAGGAUUCAAGAAUACGCAGAGGAUUUGGACACAAUUAAGGAGGAAGCAGAGGAAGAACUAUUUAAAGAAAACACAGAUGACGUCAAACCAGAAUUUACCAGUGGGACGGAAUAUCUCGCUUGGUUGCAGCAACAACUUCCUUUCCUUGAACCAUUCUUACCAGACGAUGAAGAUCAUGAGCUUUUCUUCCAUCAAUGGAGUCGCAAUGAUUUUAAAUACACCCCUCGCCUUCAGACACUUAUUGAGGAAGAGCUUGAGGAAAAAUCAACAGCAGAAAAUAACAAAGAAGACAUCAAACCAGAAUUUGCCACUGGGGCAGAUUAUCUCAGAUGGUUGGAGCAACAACUCCCUUUCUUCGAACCAUUUUUACCAGACGAUGAAGAUCAUGAGCAUUUCUUCCAUCAAUGGAGUCGCGAUGAUUUCAAAUUCACAACAUGUCUUGAGGCACUUAAUGAGGAAACAGAGGAAGAGGCAUACAAAGAAAACACUGAAAAAGACGUCAAGCCAGAAUUUACCAGUGGGAUGGAAUAUCUUGAUUGGUUGGAGCAAAAACUCCCUUUCCUAGAACCAUUUUUACCAGAGUAUGAAGUUCAUGAGUAUUUCUUCCGUGAAUGGAGUCGUCAUGAUUUCAGUUACUUCUCCAGUCUUGAGACAGUUUUUGAAGACGAACCUGAUGAAAAUUUAACAGAAGAAGAUGAUGAAGACAUAGAACCAGAGUUUAUUAGCGGAGAGGAAUACCUUGGGUGGUUGGGCAGACAGCUCCCAUGUCUUGAGCCAUUUGUUGGAGAUGGAACAAUUCAUGCUUGCUACGAAUUCGAGUGGUGCAAGAGAAAUGGUUAUGCUCCAAAACUGGACACUUUGAUUGAGGAGAAUGAGAAUGAAGAGCAUAAUGAAUACAAAGUCAGCUCUGAAGUAAAUGAUGCAAGGGAGUUAAAAGAUGAGGAAUUGAAUCCCUACAUUAAAUUAAUGUUACAGCCUAGCAUAUUCUGCAUGGAGAUCUUAGUGACACAGAGUCCAGCAUCAUUGGUCAAUAUAUGCACCCAGAUGAUCCCUACUGAGCUAACAACAGAUGCUAGUCACCCUGAAUAUGAGACAAACCCCUUUGAUACAAAACAACAAAUAGAACAGAAUCUAGUGUGCAAGAAAGCAAGAAGACGAAAUUUUUCUUUCAAGUUCCUAAACAGAAAUAAGAAGGAAAAAGAAGAUAAGAAGAGAAGUCCUGGUUUCUUUGCCCGAUUUUUUCACUGAUGUUCACCAAGAUGCUUCUUAAAACUUUUCGAAGUUCAUCCAAUAAACUGUUUACAGAUAUUGCCAUAAUGGAUCACAGUUUUGCUUUGUAAAGACAUUUCUGGCCGGACCAUCUAUUCAUUUAUUAGAAGCAUUAUUUGUUAGUCAUGAAUAAAUUCUUUUAUUUAAAA